AUGCUAUUAGCUUCCGGCCAUUUAGUUCAAACAGUCCGACGAGUCGGUUUAAUGGAUAGUGAUUUAACACCUGAUCAUAUCUACCAAUUUAGUACAGCACUUUACUAUUUAGUUAAACGUGAUGAACAUAUGACCGAAGCUAGACGAAUCGUCAGUGAUGACAUGAUAAAAAAUACAAUCAAUUGCUUAAUAUGGUGCGGAUUUGAAUUUAACUGGUCUUCGAAAAGUGUUAAUAGAUCAAAAGAAGUUAAUGUUGGUUUCUUUUAUAGAAAUGCUGAAGAACGCGAUCGUCUUGUUGCAUCUGAAUGUAAAUUUAUUGAUGAUCGUGUACAAAAAGUCGUUGAACUUAAACGAAAAGUUUGCUCGGGUGAUGAUAAAAAUAAGUCAUUUGUUGUUAUUAAUCAAAAAGGCAGUGAUCGAUUAUCACUUGAUGUAUUAGCUAAAGAAGGAAUUUUAGUAUUAAGACGUGCUAAGCGUCGAAAUAUAGAACGUUUAACUUUAGCAUGUGGUGGAGAAGUUAUGAAUUCGGUUGAAAAUUUAAUACAAGAAUGUCUUGGCUUUGCUGAAGAUGUUUAUGAACAUGUUUUGGUAUUCUUUGGAAUUUUUGUUUUAUUUGAGGGUGUUGGUGUGGAGUGA